GAAGUCUGCCUUUGUCUCCAAGCUUUUUGGGGCAGCAUCACAUAUUGUUCACGUAAAAAGGCGACCCGCAGAACUGGUUAUUUCUGUUUCUUAGCGGCGAGGGCUCUGUCUUUGUAGUCUCUCGAGCGGCUUGCCUGUGAUGCGCAUCGAUAGCAUUGGGGUUUCAAGCUUUUUCGAUACCCAGACUGUUUAUUUUGAAUUGGCAGUUCUAGUUCGUCCACGACGUUUGCGCGUGGUUGCAAAGGGCAAAGGCAGGCAGCAUUUGGACAGCUUCAAAGAACCCAGAGCUGCCGUUUGUGGCUGCGCACUCGCGCUGGUCGCUGCCGCAGCGCCGCGCUGGGUACCACUCGCCUCCCACCUCCCUAUUUUUAGCCGCCGCAGUCCAGGCCACGUGACGGAGGAGGCGGUACCGCGGGCGCCCCGCCCCCACGGCGCCGCGCAGCAUCCCGCAGAGCGCCGAGCCCGCGCCCGGGGCCUGCGGCUGCGGCGAUGAAGAUCUGGAGCUCGGAGCACGUGUUCGGGUGCUGGGAUCAAAGACCCACGCCACCACUGCCUGGCUGAUUUAGGCAGAUCUUGGACACUGGUUUCUCCCACCUGCUGCUGGCUGGGGUUCUCCCUUAGAUAAUCUCACUCCUAGCGGGUGUGAUGAGUCUUCACCGCUGACCUUACUGGACCUCGGAUCAACUGAAGUGUACACUGCUCAACACUCCUGCGAGGGACUUUCUUGACCACAUUACUUGAAGAGGGAAGAAAUACUCUAAGUGUGAGAAGCAGCUUUUGAUGGCCACACAGAUCAAAGGACGACGUGAAAGAGGGGAGCUUUGCGUCCUGCCUGCUUGCGCUCACACCUGCUGGCAAGUCCGUCCUUCCGGCGUCCCUCGACGGACAUUAGACAUUAGGACCGGUUCUUUGGGAUUCAACAGCUUGAAGACCAGCAGCUCUCUAGGAGUCUUCCAGGCCUAGGAGUUGGCACCAGAUUGGGACGGCUGGGAGCAGCGUCUCCAAAGAGAGACAGCCACUGUGGGGGCUGCCUAGACAGUAUCAUCCAUCCCUGGGACACCGUGAUCAAAGCGGCUAUGCGGAAGUACCCAAACCCGAUGAACCCGUGCGUGGUGGGCGUGGAUGUGCUGGAGCGCAGCGUGGAUGGCUGUGGGCGCCUGCACAGUCUGCGCCUGCUCAGCACCGAAUGGGGGCUGCCUGGCCUCGUGCGUGCGAUUUUGGGAGCCAACAGAACCCUGACGUACAUCAAAGAGCGCUCUGUCGUGGAUCCGGCUGCCAGGAAAAUGGAGCUGUGUUCCACCAAUAUCACGCUCACGAAUCUGGUGUCAGUGAAUGAGAGGUUGGUGUACACACCUCAUCCAGAGAACCCUGAAAAGACUGUGCUCACGCAAGAAGCCAUCAUCACCGUGAAGGGGAUUAGCUUGGGCAGCUACCUGGAAAGUCUAAUGGCCACCACGAUAUCCUCCAAUGCAAAGAAGGUGCACACCUCAGGGCAGGGCCCUGGUGCAGUCUGUGGGGUGGGCUGCCAUCGAGUGGAUAAUCGAACAUUCCGAGAGCGCCAUAAGCUAACAGGUCUACACCCAUGCCUGGUGACACGAGGGGCAGUCACGGUAACUUCUUAACCUGUCAGAUGUCUCACCAAAAAGAGUCAAAGAAGAAAGGAAAGGAAGUAUGGACGAAUAAAGAAGACAAGAGGCAAGUGUGGGUGUGGCUCCCGCCAGGUCUGGAAGAGGUAUCUGCUGGAAUCUUCCUUAUCCACGACAACCUCCCAGUGCAACAUCAUGCCCCGGCGCCAGCUUUGCGAGGCUGUUUCUUGGGAGUGGUGUGUGGAGCCCUGGUCUGCUGGGCUCUGCUGUAGAUGCUGCUGGGCAGUACUGGGCUGCACUGCCCCUGCAUUGGUUUUAAGCUUUUAUCUGCUUCUGGAAGGAGUGUCACCUCUGUGUGCUGGCUCUAGUAACUCUACCAAAAGAGAGCUCCCUUUUCCUCAUGCCCUACCAGCUAAGCCGGGGUAGGUCCCUCAAACCUUCCCCAGGGGCCUGGCUGCUGUCCUCUGUUCCUGGUGGCCCUAUGUCCUUACAGUGUCCCACUUGCCUCUGUGAAGGAGAAUGGGAGAAGCUGCUCUCUGGCCCUCAGGGUCCCCAUCAUGCACUGCAUUCAAAAACAGUUCUGGAGCUCUCUGCACGGACCACCAUGGGUUCCAGCAGCAACUGGGAUUUUCAAAUUAAGACUGGCCUUGAACUCUGUGACUGAAGAUGACCUUGAACUCUUCCUCCUGCUUCCCCAUUCCCAAGUCCUGAGAUUAUAGACUUGGGCUGCUAUACUUGACUCUUUUUGGUGGUUGUUCUUGAGACAGAUCUUGCUAUGUAUGUAGCCCUGGCUGUUCUGAAACUCAUGGCAUUCCCCCUGCCUCAGCAUCUCAAGUGUUGGAAUCAAAGGUAUAUACCACCAUGCCCGUUAUGGGAUUCUUGCCAAGUUCUAACUGUCUUUUCAACAGGUUCUCCUGACAAGCCUGGUUGUCCCUUGAAGAGGGUAGGAACCUCCUGUUAUGUACAAAGAGCUGUCCAGCUAAUUCCCUCUCCACAUCCUGGGGUUCUGGGGCCUUGCUGGGGUGAGUGGUGGUUUUGUGCUCUUGUCCUAGAUUGAAGCCCCUCCCCCACACCUACAUCGCCUUCCUGCCUCAGAGUUUCUGUGUUUCUCAUUUUCUUUGUCAUCUUUAGUCUAUCAGUGUUUCAGGGACAUGCACAUGAGGUACUGUCUUUUGUUUUGAUACAAGGUCUCAUGUAACUCAAGUUGAUCUUCAACUCACUGUAAAUGAGGCUGGCCUCCUCCAUCUUCUUCCACCCCUUAUACAUUACAAGUGAGCACUGUCAUGCCUGGCUUUCUACCAUCUUUAAAUCAAGGUUGUUUAACACACACUUACACACACACACACACACACACACACACACACGCACACACACGGAUUGUGCAAUCCGUGUUUGUAGUUUUAAAAAGAGGUAUUAAAUCUGUUGAAUAGUAUAGACCUCUGCUCUUCCUCUGUUGGUCUACUCACUAUUUUUAGAUCCUUCUAGAACUUUCCUAUGCCUGGGAAAGUGAAAUGCCUUUUUCUUUCAUUAAACCCAGUCCAUACUGUUUUUGUGACUGUCUCUUUUCUACUUUUAAACAACAGUGUCUUGAAAAGUCCCCUUUGAGGACUCACUGCUGAGAGCCUAGGCCUUAGUUCCCGAGGACACUGAAGGCUUCUUGCCACAGUCACUGGGUCAGUCACCAUAGUAAGGUGGUCGCUGUAGAAGGACACUGCAUCUCCUUCCUCAUGUGGGAAUAGCUCCUAGAUACUGUUCCACUUAGAGAUGGUUAUAGACUAUUGGUUGACAGCUUAGCUAGAGUAGGAAACACCUAGGGCAUUAAGGAGGAGCGCUCUUGGGUGUGUCUGUGCAGGCAUUCCUAGAGGGGUUUGGCUGAAAGGACGCCUCUCUCCAAGGACAGCACCAUUCACCCCAUGGGCAAGGGGUUUUGCUUGGCGCCUCAGACCACAGCUCUUUGCAGCUGCCAUGGACAGGACUCCUCUGAACUCUACCAAACCCUUCUUUCCUUAAGCUGCCUCCUGUCACAGCAGUGAGAAAAGUAGGUAAUAUUCAAGUUCAGCCAAUCAGGGAGCGUAGUCGUUGUCUUCAGUCUUUGUUCUGUGUAAAGCCAGCUGCUUUGUAACUUCUGUUUGGGUUGGAAGUGGAUUGAUUCCACAACCCUUUCUUUGGCAAUUUGUCAGCAUAAAAGUAAAUAUUUUAUGAUCUAGUAUUCUAAGUGGCUAGACCUUAAUUUUAAGUUAAGAAAACCGGCACAAAUAAGCUAAAAAAUAAAUAAAUAAAUAAAUAAAUAAAUAAAUAAAUAAAAAAACCCAGCACUGCGUCAGCCUCACACAUCCCACUCCACAGUCAGUACCUGAGUGCCUGGAAGAAACAUCUCAAAGGACAGCCUCAUAUUCCAAGAUGUUCCACUGAAGGGUCCCAUAAAUCCCCAAAGUAACAAAACCCAUAGGAAAAACACAAACAAGAAACCUAAUGGGCCAGUCCCAGAAUGUAGUGUGCGAGGGAAGCUCCAUUAGUCUAUAGGAAGUGCCAUAGUGCUGGCGUAGCAGGGCUGAGAGACUGUGGAGCUGAGCCCCUUGACCUUUUGAUGCACCCUCAGAACUGUGGGCUACAGCCUGAGAGAGACUACGCAGGGGAUGGAGGCUCAAGGCGGGCUUACUGCUGAGGUGCUGUCCCAUCUGCUGUCUGCUCACACUAGGAAAGGAGUACCAGGCGGCCUGGUGGGCUCGCUGCUUGCCACUCUGCCUGGCUGUUUCCAUGGGUGCGGGGAUCUGAAUUCAGGCCUUUGUGCUAGUGUGGUAAGCACUUUACUCCUGGAACUGUCUCUUCAGCCACUAAACUGCUGUCUCCUUAGCCUAUGCAACUAAGAUGCCUGUGGAAGCAGGAGGAUGGGGUGGGGUGGGGGAUCCUUGGAGCUGGAGUUAGAGGCAGUUGUGAGCCCCCUGAUGUGGGUGCUAGGAAUGGAACUUUGGUCCUCCUGAAGAACAGUACGUGCUUCUGACUGCUGAGCAGUCAGAGGUGACGACCUCUCCCACCACCCCAAGAGGGAAGUCUUUAUGGGACUUGAUGUUACAACAACCCCACACUCAGACCCAAGACAACCUCGAAGUAACUUUUAUCUAGUACUUUCCUGCCUUGUGAUCCUUCUUGGGCACAAAGGCUGGUCAAUGUGUGGAGCUCCUUGAUCUAGAAAUCAUAAGAGAAGGCUUUUCUUUCUUGGAACCUAUUAGAGAAGGCAUUUAGAAAGCCUUAGUGGCUUUCUGUGGUGGAGGGCGUUUCCUUGUCAGAAACUUGGAAGAAAGGGUAAUCCAGGAUUUGUUUUUUUUCGAGACAGGGUUUCUCUGUGUAGCCCUGGCUGUCCUGGAACUCACUCUGUAGACCAGGCUGGCCUUGAACUCAGAAAUCUGCCUGCCUCUGCCUCCCUAAAGCUGGGAUUAAAGGCAUGUGCCACCACCGCUUGGCUAGGGUUUGGCUUCUGAAGAGGUGUUUCUACUUAAUUCUUAUUAGGGUGGCCUGAAUGCCGAUAGGGGAGUUUGCUAUCUCUUUACUCUGCCAUUUUUCUCUCCAACCUAUGGGCUCCCUUAGGGCUGAGUCUACUAAACACUUUUUCUUUGGUAUGCUCUCACUGAGCCACAGUCCUAGGCUCACAACAGUUGUUAGAACCUUGGUAUCCCUAGGAUUUGAAACUGGAUUGUGCUGGGAACUUGAGGGAGCCAGGUAUCUGGUCCUUUCAGCGGUCUGAGAAAACUCAGUAGACAUGUGCCUGCUGAACAUUCAAGAAACAAGGACAUGGAUACACACCCCAAAGGGCUGGGAGCAUCAGAGCAGAGGGUGUGGCUCUGGACUGGUCCACGGGGCUGCUGGUGCUGCAGGCCAAGCUUGAGGAUGCAAGGCUGCAGGGAUGGAGCUUGCAUCGUGAGUGAGGGUAUGUUUACUUUUUGUUAACCUUUAAGUCAUCAGGAAGAGUUGUCAACUGUGAGACCAUCAAGUAGUAAUCAGCACUUACCAGAAGCCACGUAGGUCUCCACCCUGCUUUUUCAAGCUCUGUGCUGGUUCCUGGUUAGCGCACGCUUCACCAGGUCGGGCUGGCAAGCCGAGCUUGCUGUUGGGAAUAGUUUUGCUGUUUUCAGAGGGUUGUGAAGAACAAUCUCAACUCCAGGCUAUCUGACAGAGUCAUGGAGGCCCACAGAGUCUAGAAUACGUCCCAUCUGGCUCUUUACUGUCCAGUUUUCUAAGGGUCCCACUGUGUUCCAUCAUUGUAAAUAAAACCAAUUGUUUUCACCA